AUGGCGGAUCGGUUGACGCGUAUUGCGAUCGUGAGCAGCGAUCGCUGCAAGCCCAAGAAGUGUCGGCAGGAGUGCAAGAAGAGUUGUCCGGUCGUCAAGACUGGCAAGCUAUGCAUCGAGGUCGGCUCCACCUCCAAGCUCGCCUUCAUUUCCGAAGAGCUCUGCAUCGGUUGCGGUAUCUGCGUCAAGAAAUGUCCGUUCGACGCCAUUGAAAUCAUCAAUCUGCCCAAGGAUCUCGAUAAGGACACCACGCACCGUUACGGCCCCAACACCUUCAAGCUCCACAGGCUGCCCGUGCCAAGGCCAGGCCAGGUGCUGGGUCUGGUGGGCACGAAUGGCAUUGGCAAGUCAACGGCGCUCAAGGUGCUGGCAGGGAAGCUCAAACCCAACCUCGGACGAUUCACUAACCCUCCUGACUGGCAGGAGAUUCUGACCUACUUCCGAGGGUCGGAGCUUCAAAACUACUUCACUCGCAUUCUGGAGGACAACCUCAAGGCCAUCAUUAAGCCGCAAUACGUGGACCACAUUCCCAAGGCGGUGAAGGGGUUGGUGGGCGUGGUGCUGACAGAGAAGGACGAGCGUGAUGCCAAGGACGAGCUGUCGGAGGUGCUGGAGCUCAAGCAGGUGUUUGACCGAGAGGUGGAGCACUUGUCAGGGGGCGAGCUGCAGCGCUUUGCCAUCGGGGUGGUGGCGGGGCAGCUGGGAGACAUCUACAUGUUCGAUGAGCCCUCCAGCUACCUGGACGUGCGGCAGCGGCUCAAGGCAGCGCAGGUCAUUCGCUCGCUGCUGCGCCCCGACAGAUACGUGAUUGUGGUGGAGCACGAUCUCAGUGUGCUCGACUAUCUCUCUGACUUCAUCUGCUGCCUCUACGGCAAGCCGGGUGCAUACGGGGUGGUCACGCUGCCCUUCUCUGUGCGAGAGGGAAUCAACAUCUUCCUCGCUGGCUUCGUGCCGACCGAGAACCUGCGCUUCCGAGACGAGUCGCUCACAUUCAGGGGUGAGUCUCUCAUCUUCAGGGGUGAGCCUCUCAUCUUCAGGGGUGAGUCUCUCAUCUUCAGGGUGGCAGAGACUCCUGUUGAGAACCCCGACGAGGCCAAGACGUACAAUCGGUACAAGUACCCGCGAAUGGUGAAGAAGCAGGGCGGGUUCAAGCUGACGGUGGAGCCGGGUGACUUCACGGACUCGCAGAUUGUGGUGAUGCUGGGGGAGAACGGCACUGGCAAGACCACCUUCAUUCACAGACUCGCAGAUCGUGGUGAUGCUGGGGGAGAACGGCACUGGCAAGACCACCUUCAUUCGUAUGCUGGUAUGGGCGCUGACUUCUAUGGCUCUCUCUCCUGGCUGGUAGGCGGGAGGGACGUGCUUCCACAGCGGUUGGUUGGUAGUAUUACAGCUUCUCUCUCACAGACAGACUCGCAGAUCGUGGUGAUGCUGGGGGAGAACGGCACUGGCAAGACCACCUUCAUUCACAGACUCGCAGAUCGUGGUGAUGCUGGGGGAGAACGGCACUGGCAAGACCACCUUCAUUCGUAUGCUGGUAUGGGCGCUGACUUCUAUGGCUCUCUCUCCUGGCUGGUAGGCGGGAGGGACGUGCUUCCACAGCGGUUGGUUGGUAGUAUUACAGCUUCUCUCUCACAGACAGACUCGCAGAUCGUGGUGAUGCUGGGGGAGAACGGCACUGGCAAGACCACCUUCAUUCGUAUGCUGGUAUGGGCGCUGACUUCUAUGGCUCUCUCUCCUGGCUGCUUCUCUCUCACAGACAGACUCGCAGAUCGUGGUGAUGCUGGGGGAGAACGGCACCGGCAAGACCACCUUUAUUCGUAUGCUGGUAUGGGCGCUGACUUCUAUGGCUCUCUCUCCUGGCUGGUAGGCGGGAGGGACGUGCUUCCACAGCGGUUGGUUGGUAGUAUUACAGCUUCUCUCUCACAGACAGACUCGCAGAUCGUGGUGAUGCUGGGGGAGAACGGCACUGGCAAGACCACCUUCAUUCACAGACUCGCAGAUCGUGGUGAUGCUGGGGGAGAACGGCACUGGCAAGACCACCUUCAUUCGUAUGCUGGUAUGGGCGCUGACUUCUAUGGCUCUCUCUCCUGGCUGGUAGGCGGGAGGGACGUGCUUCCACAGCGGUUGGUUGGUAGUAUUACAGCUUCUCUCUCACAGACAGACUCGCAGAUCGUGGUGAUGCUGGGGGAGAACGGCACUGGCAAGACCACCUUCAUUCACAGACUCGCAGAUCGUGGUGAUGCUGGGGGAGAACGGCACUGGCAAGACCACCUUCAUUCGUAUGCUGGUAUGGGCGCUGACUUCUAUGGCUCUCUCUCCUGGCUGGUAGGCGGGAGGGACGUGCUUCCACAGCGGUUGGUUGGUAGUAUUACAGCUUCUCUCUCACAGACAGACUCGCAGAUCGUGGUGAUGCUGGGGGAGAACGGCACUGGCAAGACCACCUUCAUUCACAGACUCGCAGAUCGUGGUGAUGCUGGGGGAGAACGGCACUGGCAAGACCACCUUCAUUCGUAUGCUGGUAUGGGCGCUGACUUCUAUGGCUCUCUCUCCUGGCUGGUAGGCGGGAGGGACGUGCUUCCACAGCGGUUGGUUGGUAGUAUUACAGCUUCUCUCUCACAGACAGACUCGCAGAUCGUGGUGAUGCUGGGGGAGAACGGCACUGGCAAGACCACCUUCAUUCACAGACUCGCAGAUCGUGGUGAUGCUGGGGGAGAACGGCACUGGCAAGACCACCUUCAUUCGUAUGCUGGUAUGGGCGCUGACUUCUAUGGCUCUCUCUCCUGGCUGGUAGGCGGGAGGGACGUGCUUCCACAGCGGUUGGUUGGUAGUAUUACAGCUUCUCUCUCACAGACAGACUCGCAGAUCGUGGUGAUGCUGGGGGAGAACGGCACUGGCAAGACCACCUUCAUUCACAGACUCGCAGAUCGUGGUGAUGCUGGGGGAGAACGGCACUGGCAAGACCACCUUCAUUCGUAUGCUGGUAUGGGCGCUGACUUCUAUGGCUCUCUCUCCUGGCUGGUAGGCGGGAGGGACGUGCUUCCACAGCGGUUGGUUGGUAGUAUUACAGCUUCUCUCUCACAGACAGACUCGCAGAUCGUGGUGAUGCUGGGGGAGAACGGCACUGGCAAGACCACCUUCAUUCACAGACUCGCAGAUCGUGGUGAUGCUGGGGGAGAACGGCACUGGCAAGACCACCUUCAUUCGUAUGCUGGUAUGGGCGCUGACUUCUAUGGCUCUCUCUCCUGGCUGGUAGGCGGGAGGGACGUGCUUCCACAGCGGUUGGUUGGUAGUAUUACAGCUUCUCUCUCACAGACAGACUCGCAGAUCGUGGUGAUGCUGGGGGAGAACGGCACUGGCAAGACCACCUUCAUUCACAGACUCGCAGAUCGUGGUGAUGCUGGGGGAGAACGGCACUGGCAAGACCACCUUCAUUCGUAUGCUGGUAUGGGCGCUGACUUCUAUGGCUCUCUCUCCUGGCUGGUAGGCGGGAGGGACGUGCUUCCACAGCGGUUGGUUGGUAGUAUUACAGCUUCUCUCUCACAGACAGACUCGCAGAUCGUGGUGAUGCUGGGGGAGAACGGCACUGGCAAGACCACCUUCAUUCACAGACUCGCAGAUCGUGGUGAUGCUGGGGGAGAACGGCACUGGCAAGACCACCUUCAUUCGUAUGCUGGUAUGGGCGCUGACUUCUAUGGCUCUCUCUCCUGGCUGGUAGGCGGGAGGGACGUGCUUCCACAGCGGUUGGUUGGUAGUAUUACAGCUUCUCUCUCACAGACAGACUCGCAGAUCGUGGUGAUGCUGGGGGAGAACGGCACCGGCAAGACCACCUUUAUUCACAGACUCGCAGAUCGUGGUGAUGCUGGGGGAGAACGGCACUGGCAAGACCACCUUCAUUCGUAUGCUGGUAUGGGCGCUGACUUCUAUGGCUCUCUCUCCUGGCUGGUAGGCGGGAGGGACGUGCUUCCACAGCGGUUGGUUGGUAGUAUUACAGCUUCUCUCUCACAGACAGACUCGCAGAUCGUGGUGAUGCUGGGGGAGAACGGCACUGGCAAGACCACCUUCAUUCACAGACUCGCAGAUCGUGGUGAUGCUGGGGGAGAACGGCACUGGCAAGACCACCUUCAUUCGUAUGCUGGUAUGGGCGCUGACUUCUAUGGCUCUCUCUCCUGGCUGGUAGGCGGGAGGGACGUGCUUCCACAGCGGUUGGUUGGUAGUAUUACAGCUUCUCUCUCACAGACAGACUCGCAGAUCGUGGUGAUGCUGGGGGAGAACGGCACUGGCAAGACCACCUUCAUUCGUAUGCUGGUAUGGGCGCUGACUUCUAUGGCUCUCUCUCCUGGCUGCUUCUCUCUCACAGACAGACUCGCAGAUCGUGGUGAUGCUGGGGGAGAACGGCACUGGCAAGACCACCUUCAUUCGUAUGCUGGUAUGGGCGCUGACUUCUAUGGCUCUCUCUCCUGGCUGGUAGGCGGGAGGGACGUGCUUCCACAGCGGUUGGUUGGUAGUAUUACAGCUUCUCUCUCACAGACAGACUCGCAGAUCGUGGUGAUGCUGGGGGAGAACGGCACUGGCAAGACCACCUUCAUUCACAGACUCGCAGAUCGUGGUGAUGCUGGGGGAGAACGGCACUGGCAAGACCACCUUCAUUCGUAUGCUGGUAUGGGCGCUGACUUCUAUGGCUCUCUCUCCUGGCUGGUAGGCGGGAGGGACGUGCUUCCACAGCGGUUGGUUGGUAGUAUUACAGCUUCUCUCUCACAGACAGACUCGCAGAUCGUGGUGAUGCUGGGGGAGAACGGCACUGGCAAGACCACCUUCAUUCACAGACUCGCAGAUCGUGGUGAUGCUGGGGGAGAACGGCACUGGCAAGACCACCUUCAUUCGUAUGCUGGUAUGGGCGCUGACUUCUAUGGCUCUCUCUCCUGGCUGGUAGGCGGGAGGGACGUGCUUCCACAGCGGUUGGUUGGUAGUAUUACAGCUUCUCUCUCACAGACAGACUCGCAGAUCGUGGUGAUGCUGGGGGAGAACGGCACCGGCAAGACCACCUUCAUCCGCAUGCUGGCAGGUCUGCUGAAGGCGGAUCCAGAUGAAGAAACCGGCAAGGAGGCAGAGGAUCUCCCCGAGUUCAACGCAGGUCUCUUGAAGGCGGGCCCAGAUGAAGAGACGGGAAAAGAAGCAGAGGACCUGCCGGAGUUCAACGUGUCGUACAAGCCGCAGAAGAUCAACCCCAAGUUCCUUCUUUCAUUCUCUCCGUCUUUCCCCUUCCUUCCGCUCUUCUGUACCCUUCUCAACCCCUUCCAGGCUGGUCUGUUAAAGGCGGAUCCAGAUGAAGAGGCGGGCAAGGAGGCCGAAGACCUCCCGGAGUUCAACGUGUCGUACAAGCCGCAGAAGAUCAGCCCCAAGUUUCCGCACAGCGUGCGCGUGCUGCUGCACUCCAAGAUCCGCGACUCCUUCCACCACCCGCAGUUCAACACGGACGUGCUGCGCCCCAUGCAGAUCGACCCUUUGUUGGACCAGGAGGUGGUGAACCUGUCUGGGGGGGAGCUGCAGCGCGUGGCUAUUACCCUCUGCCUUGGCAAGGGGUGGGUGGUGAGGGGACCCCCUCCCCUCCUUCCACCACCCGCAGUUCAACUCGGACGUGCUGCGCCCCAUGCACACAUCGACCCCCUGUUAGAUCAGGAGGUCGUGAAUCUGUCUGGAGGGGAGCUGCAGCGUGUUGCCAUCUCACUGUGCCUUGGCAAGAUCGACCCCCUGCUGGAGUUGCAGCGUGUUGCCACCACGCUGUGCCUUGGCAAGCCUGCAGACGUCUACCUGGUCGAUGAACCAUCGGCCUACCUGGACUCAGAGCAGCGCAUCGUGGCAGCCAAGCCUGCUGACAUCUACCUGAUCGACGAACCCUCGGCCUACCUGGACUCGGAGCAGCGCAUCGUGGCAGCCAAGCCUGCCGACAUUUACCUGAUCGAUGAACCCUCAGCCUACCUGGACUCGGAGCAGCGCAUCGUGGCGGCCAAGGUGAUCAAGCGCUUCAUCCUGCACGCGAAGAAGACGGCGUUUGUGGUGGAGCACGACUUCAUCAUGGCCACGUACCUGGCGGACCGCGUCAUCGUGUACGAGGGGCAGCCGUCUGUGGACUGCACGGCUCGUACUCCUCAGUCGCUCAACAGCGGAAUGAACCUCUUCCUCUCGGUACGCUGCUCGCUCUCUCUGCCCCCUCUCUCUUGCUGUGUGGGUGAGCCCCUCCUAUGGCACGAUUUCAUCAUGGCCACGUACCUGGCGGACCGGGUCAUUGUGUACGAGGGGCAGCCGUCGGUGGAUUUCACCGCCCGCACGCCCCAGUCGCUCAACAGCGGAAUGAACCUCUUCCUCUCGCAACUGGACAUCACGUUCAGGAGGGACCCCACCAACUUCCGGCCGCGAAUCAACAAGUUGGAAUCUGUGAAGGACCGCGAGCAGAAGAAUGCCGGCACCUACUACUACCUCGAUGACUGA